UAAUGAGCUAAUAAGGUUCAAAGAAUAUGAUAAAGAAGUAGCCAUAAUAUAUAUAUUCUUGCUGUCCUAAUACAAAACACCCACCACUUUCUAUGCAUUUUCUUUCUUCAUUUAUUUUCCGAGAAAGUUCAAGAAAACGAGUUCAUUAAUUCAUUCUCAAGAAACGUUAAAUUCAGCAAAGAUUCAACAAUUUGUGAAGAAAUACAAGAGUUUUGAAGAUUAGUAUUAUUCAAAGAAAAAAAUGGCACAUAUGAUCCAGAGAUCUGGUAAAUCAUCAGAGAAAUCAAAUUUUGCUCAAACUUGUAAUCUUUUGAGCCAGUAUUUGAAAGAAAAUGGCAGCUUGGGAAAUAUUAUAACUCAUGGAAUAUCUUCAAAUCUUGAAGCUAAUAAAGAUUCUGAAGCAUCAAGAACACCUGUAAAAACAUUAAAUUUACUGUCAAGCAUGACAAAUAAAGCUGAAAGUGCAUCAGGGCACAAUUCUGUGCUAUCGGAAAAUAUGAAAUCCAUGGAAUUUUUACCACAAUUUGUCGGUAAUUUUAGAAAAUCUUCAAAAGCAGAUAAUCCUGGAACUGCUCAAUUGACCAUAUUUUACAGAGGACAAGUUAUAACAUUUGAUGAUUUGACUGCUGAAAAAGCUAAUGAGAUCAUUUCUUUAGCCUGCAAAUCUAACAAUUCAGCCCUUCCUUCUUCUUCAAGUAAAGUUCGAGAAGAAUUUCAAUUACGCCCUCAAGUUUAUGGACCAGAUUUGCCAAUUGCUAGAAGAGCAUCAUUACAUCGGUUUUUAGAGAAGAGAAAAGAAAGAGUGGCAUCAAACGCGCCGUAUCAAAUAAAUCACUCAUCGGCAUCUUCUCGUCCAGGAUCCGAACAACGAAGUGAUAUGUUUAACGACUUAGAACAUCAAUCGUCAAAGCAACUCGAGCUUAAGUUAUAAUUUUGAGAGUUACAUUGCACCACUGUUGAUUAAUUAUUAAUUAGGAUAUCAUAGCGGAAUUAAUUUUAAAAUCCCAACUAUUCUUGUUAGAUUGUUUUUGUAUUUAGUAUAUCAUUCAUGAUCACAUUUGGUAAUAAAAUUUGUCUUCUACUUUUUUUCUACUAA